CAGUACCUCCUCUGUGACCUAGAGGGGGGAGAUGUCUCAGUGAAAGGUGCUAGGCACUGUUCUUAAUAGUUCUUAAUAUGUGUGAAGAGGCUCCCACUAAACAAGACAGCCCCAGUUCCCGAAGCCAAAGUAAACAACUAGCAUUUAUUGACUGCAGUAGGACCAGGUACCAUGCCUAGCAAUCUCCAUGGGUCUGUUCCCCCAAAGCAACCCCUCAGGGAGCCUGUGGAAAUUCGCUGGAUCCGAUGGCCACAGGCUGGGAAUGGCUUUCUGAAAAUUCCACAACCUGGAAAUGGCAGAGCCUGGCCAGGUUCAACUCUGAUGUGUUGAAUUCCAGAGCCCAGAGCAGGAAAACAUCAACAUUUUAAGUUGGGGAAAGGAGGAUGGGCCAUCAAAGGUCUCUGCGUGGAAGUGGCAUCCAUGCUGGGUCCCAUUGAGUGGUUGGAGAUAAAUGAAGAGGAGGGACAAGGGGCAUGGGGACCGACUGUUGAAAAAUUCAAACAAGGCAUGGGAUCUGCCACAUAGUAGCUGCUCAAUAAGUGUGGGGUUCAGCCUGAGCAGGGUUCGAUCUGGCAGCAUCCGAUCCUACUCAGCCCAGGAUUCCCAUGAAUGCCUACUCCAGAGAAACAGUAGCAAUCUCGUGGUUCUGUUCCUCAUCAACACCAAGGAUCUGCAGGUCCAGGUACGGAAGUAUGGGGCACAGGAGAAACUGUUCAUCUCUCCCGGGCUCCUCCCUGCCAAACCUGGGCUCCCCAAGGCAGAGCACACUGACACUCCUGAGGUGGACAGCGGAAACUCCACAGCUGGCAAAGCCAAGGCUAAACCUGCAGGGUCUCAGGGUCCCGUUGAGAAGAACAAGGACCUGGUGUUGGACCUGGGCCACCUCAAUGACUCCUACAACUUCAGUUUCCACGUGGUGAUUGGCUCCAGGGCCGAGGAAGGCCAGUACAACCUCAACUUCCACAACUGCUACAACCUGAUGCCUGGCCAGGAACGCCCCUUCGACCUCACAGUAUUCAUCCGGGAGAAGAACCCCGAGGGCUACUUAUCUGCAGCGGAAAUUCCCCUCUUCAAGCUCUACCUGAUCAUGUCCGCCUGCUUCCUGGCCUCCGGCAUCUUCUGGGUGAACGUGCUCUGCAGGAACACGUACAACGUCUUCAAGAUCCACUGGCUCAUGGCGGCCCUGGCGUUCACCAAGAGCAUCUCACUCCUCUUCCACAGUAUCAACUACUACUUCAUCAACAGCCAGGGCCACCCCAUCGAAGGCCUCGCUGUGGUGCACUACGUCACGCACCUGCUGAAGGGCGCCCUCCUCUUCAUCACCAUCGCCUUGAUCGGCUCCGGCUGGGCCUUCGUCAAGUACGUCCUGUCCGACAAGGAGAAGAAGAUUUUCGGGAUUGUGAUUCCCCUGCAGGUCCUGGCCAACGUGGCCUACAUCAUCAUUGAGUCCCGAGAAGCGGGCGCCAGCGACUAUGGGCUUUGGAAGGAGAUCCUGUUCCUGGUGGACCUCAUCUGCUGUGGCGCCAUCCUCUUCCCAGUUGUCUGGUCCAUCCGACAUCUCCAGGACGCCUCUGGCACAGAUGGGAAGGUGUUGGUGAACCUGGCCAAGCUGAAGCUGUUCCGACAUUACUACGUCAUGGUCAUCUGCUAUGUCUACUUCACACGCAUCAUCGCCAUCCUGCUGCGCGUGGCUGUGCCCUUCCAGUGGCAAUGGCUGUACCAGCUCUUAGUGGAGGGCUCCACGCUCGCCUUCUUUGUGCUCACGGGCUACAAGUUCCAGCCCACCAGGGACAACCCGUACCUGCAGCUGCCCCAGGAGGACGAGGAGGACGUACAGAUGGAGCAAGUGAUGACGGACUCUGGGUUCCGGGAAGGCCUCUCCAAAGUCAACAAAACAGCAAGCGGACGAGAGCAGUUGUGAUUGUCUCCACUUCUAAGCCCAGCCGUCCUGUCCUCCUGUCUCCUUCACCAGCCCAGAGCGAGUGGGGGAGGCAGGACCCUGUAGGGAUGAGCCGCCUGCCUUCCCACAAGGAGUCCAUUCAGAAGACACUUGUAGCCCCAAGGCCUGGGCAGCCCCGUCCUAGCUGCAGGACCACCCCACACUUCUGUACAAUAAUGACCAAUCUGUUUUUGCUA